AUUAGUGAUUAACUAACAUACAGCAACAUUAUGUAGCCAAAACUAUUUGGACAACUGACUGAGUUUGUUGAAAAUCCUAUUCUAAAACCACAGGCAUUAAUAUGGAGUGUUUCUGGACUCCAAACAAACAAUAAUAAUAAACAAUAAUAAAUAUAAAUAUAUAUAUUUGACUCAAUCUAAACCAAUCUGAAGUCAGAAUGCAAAUCAUUUAUUAAAUAUCAUUGAUUUUCCACACAUAUUAGUUGGUGAGGCUUAAAAACUUGAUCUCAAUCAUUAGAAGAGGUGUCCACAUAUUUUUGACCCUAUAGUGUAUGUGUGAAUUUCUAGCUAAGCCUCAGGAAUGUCACUGACAGAUCCAAGCUCUGAAUAGAAUCAGUGCACAGCCAACUGCUACGUGCACACACACACACACACACACACACACACACACACUGCACUGGACAGACAAGUGCAGCUAAGCACACACCCGUACAGACCUACACAGAAAUUUAUAUAUAAUAUAAUCAAUACUCAAUAUAAUGGACAAAGGACCUGACAAUGAGAAAGUGGAGUUUGGAUAUGAGACUCCACCCACCUGCGUCCUGUUGGACCGUCUGUUGAGACAGCGCCGCCCUUCAGGCCCUUAUAAUGAAGUCUGGACCAACAUCAUCAUCUCUGAUGCGUAGGUAAAAGCAACACAACACACCUGCUGUCAUGCUGUACACUACCAGCAACAAAAGAAGACAGUGAACUGAUUAUAUUAUUAUUAUUAUUUUAUGAAGGUGGUUAAGAGACACAGUGGGUAACACUGUUGCCUCACAGCAAGAGGGGCCUGGGUUCGAUUCCACAGUCAGCCAGACAAAAAAAGGUCCAGUGCGGAGUUUGCAUGUUCUCCCUGAGUCUGUGUGGGUUUCCCACGUACUCUGGUUACCUCCCACAAGUCUAAAGACAUGCAGUCAGGUCAACUGGAGCUACUAAACUGCCCAGUGCGGACAGCGAAGGACGUCGACCUGCUCAAGUCUCUGGAAGUGACCCAUGUAGUGAAUGCUGCGGAUGGCCCCGCCCACAUCGACACAGGCCCCGCCUUUUACUCCGACACCCACAUCCAGUAUCAUGGAGUGGAGGCACCAGACAGCCGAGACUUCGACCUCGCUGCUUUCUUCUGCUCUACAUCCCAGUUUAUACACACGGCUCUCAGCCAGCAGUGUAAAGUUCUGGUACACUGCGCCCGGGGCGUCAGUCGCUCGGCUACGCUGGUGUUAGCGUACCUCAUGAUCCACGAGGGACUGACGAUCGCCGAGGCCAUCGAGGCUGUAAGAGCUCACAGGAAUAUUCUGCCCAAUGCUGGAUUCCUGCAGCAGCUACGAGAUCUGGACGCUACGCUCACACUGCAGAGGAGAAACAUAACUCAUAACAACAAGGACUGACUUUUAUUUACCAACAACAUGCUGCCAUGAGCCCAGAGUUCCUGAGUGAUGCCUGAUUCACAAACCUGCUAAAUCCACCCUGAAGUUAUUCAUUAUAAUUGUAACUGUUAUUAUUACUGUGAUUGUUACUAGACUUGACUGCUUUAUAAACAGAUAUUACACAAUUAUAAACCAUGUACAAUAAAAACAAUCAGUUAAUAAAUGUAUAAAUGACUCAGAAAUGUACAA